AUGAGGAAAGUACAGGAGCAAGAAACUAAGCUUUAGAAGAUGAGCGAAGAUGAAAAAAGAAGAGAUGAGCAUCUAAAAAAAAGAAAAGAAGCCUGGGAAGAAAAACUUAAGAAAAAGCAGGAAAAUGAGGAGCUUUUGAAGAUGCAAAGAGAUUUAAAGAAAUAAAAAGAAGAUGAAUUAUUGAAAAAUAACAAGAAAUAUAACAGUGAAGGUGAUACUUUGAGAUAGUAAAGCAGCAAGAUCCUUGGAGUUAAUGAUGAUAAGAAAUUAAAGGAUUUUGAGUAUUAGAGAAAGAUUGAGGAAGCAAAGAAGAAGAACUCAGAUUUUCUUGAACAAUAAAGAUAGUUUCAAGAGUAAAAAUAAAGAGAAUUAGAUGAAAGAGAAAAUAAAUUGAAAGAAAUUUAGGAGUAAAAGAGAAAGGAAUAAGAGCUUAGAAAUAAAGAAUAGAGGGAGUUACAUGAUGAAAAAUUAAGAUAAAAAUAACUGAAGGCUUAAGAAUAUGAGAAUAGAAAGAAGAGCGAGAUUGAGAACAAAUUAAAAAAGAAUGAUGAGAAACUAAAGUACUUUGAGGAUGAAAAAAACUAAUAAAAGCAAGAAAAACUAAGCUAGAAUAAGGUGAUUACAGAGUGCAAAAGAUAAAAGAAGACAAAGAAAAGCAGAUAUGAGAUAAAGAAUUGGCUAAAUAAGAAUUAAAAAGAGAAAAAGACUAUUAAAGACAUUUGCAGCAAGUGGAUCAAAAUUAAAGAAUCGCGUAACUUGAAACUAAAAUUAAGGACAAGGAAUAAAGAGGAGAGAUUUGUAAAAUAGCAACUGCUUGAUAAAAACAUGAGUAGGAUAAAGUAGCAAAGAGAAGAAGAAGCAAAUAAAGUUUUGUAAAAAAUAUAAUUAGUUGAAGAAAGACUAGUAAACAUAGAAAAUUCGAACUUUCUUAUUGAUAAAAAGGCAAGAGAAGAUGAAAAGAAGAGGAAAUUGAGGGAUGCCUUUGAAUAAAAAGAUAUAAACUAGAAAAAAUUAGAGGAGAUAUAAGAAUAAAAGAAAAGAGAAAUUGAAGAAAAAGAGAGAAAAAUAUAGGAGUAAGUUGAGAGAAGAAAGAGGGAACUAUAAGAUUAGAUGAGAGAAAAGUAGUAAUUACUGAACGAGAAAUUAAGGGAAAAGUAAGAAAAGAAAAGUGAACUAGUAAAUAUGAAAAAAUCUGAAAUUGACAGCUCUAUUUAAAAUGCUGAGUAAAGGAAAAAAGCUUUUGAGGAGGAAAGAGAACGUCGAAUUUAAGAAGAAAGAGAAAAGGCAAAGAUUAAAUAAUAAGAAAUUGAGAAGCUAUAAAAAGAUAUGCACUAAAGGGAAAAUGAAAAGAAACAGAGAAUACUAAGUUCGAUGGACGAAGCAGAUUAUAGACUAAAAAAAUUAGAAGAAGAAAAGAAAGAGAAAAUGAGAUAAAAGAAAGAAUAAGAUAUGAUAAAGAGAAUGGAUAGAGAUCGACAGAUCUAGUCUGCAAUGGAGCUAAAGUAGAAAUAAAUGCAAGAUGUACAAAGUAAACUUGAAAACAUGAAUUAGAAUAUAAGCAGAGUAUUAAAAUAAAAGGAAGAUCAGAUAAAAGAGAAAAAGAUGAGGGAAGAAUUUGAAAGACAGUAAAAGAUGUUUGGUAAAUCUAGAGCCAACGAAAUGAAGGAAAAAGAUAAUGAAAAACUUCUAGAAAAAAUGAGAGAAAAAGAGGAUAGGUAUAAAAAGCUUAAAUUGGAGAAAGAAGAGUAUUCAAAAUUCUAUGGAGACUUGAAAAAGGAAUUAGCAAUAAAGAAGAGUAGUUAUGAAGGGGAAAUUCAGAAAAAGCUAAGAAAACUUGUUAAUUUGAUUGAUAUACUAUUAACUUUAAUAACUUUAAUUAUAAAUACAAUUAGUCAAAUGAGCGAUUCAGAAUUUGAUGAUGAUGACUUUAUCGAUGAAGAUGACGAUUUCUCAGAUGAAGAGGAGGAUGAAGAUUCUAUUGAGGAUGACGAUGACUCAGAGGAAGUAGAGAGAAAAAGUAAGAAGAGAAGUCUUAAUAAACUAGAGACUAAAAUAGCAAUGCAAGGUUAGGUCAAGAUGAAUAAAAAAUCUAAACCAUCAGCUGCUCCUAAAAAGAAACGAGAAGAAAAGAAAGAAUCUAAGGAUGUUAAGAAGGAUUAAAAGGGUCCAAAAGAGCCAAAAGUAUCAAAGGAACAUAAGGAACCAAAGGAGCCAAAAGAAGCUAAAAAACAAAAAGCUCCUAAAGAACCAAAGCCUGAAGUUGAAAAAGUAGUAAAAAAAACUUAGAAAGAAUUAAAGGAAGAGAAGAAAGAGGAAGAUAGAUUGAAUGAUCUUGCUGAGGACAAAAUUUACUUUUAUAAAAAAUUAAAUGAUGAGGAGAAAAUUAGAGCCUAGGCAGAUAUAUAGGAAUUUGUUCUAUAGAUUCUUGACUCAAAAGAUGUGCCUCUUCAAGUAUUAUCUGAUUUGGUAUUGAGAAAUAAUUUAGCGAAUCCCAAAGCAAACUCUGAUUUUCUAAUUAAUGAGUUAAGAUAAGAAUUUACAAAGCAUGAAGUAUAAGCCGAUUUAUGCUUCAAACUUUUCGAGCAAUUGACUCAAACAAUAUAUUAACUCAAGCCAAGCAUUUUGCAGACUAUGUUUUUCCCUAAUAGAGAUAAUGAAAAAAGACUAGCAGCUGUUUUAAGAAAAGCCAAAAAAUCACUAGAUAUUUGUGUUUUUGCUUUUACAAAUGAUAGGUUAAGAGAUGCAAUUAUUACCGCCUUUAACAAUGAUGAUGAAUGUUCAAAGUUCAUGGGCGCUGAUAUUUAUUAAUUAGGAUUGCUCGGAAUUCCAUGUACAAUGGAUGACAAUUAGAAAGUCCAUAUGCACAAUAAAUUCGCAAUUGUUGACAAAAUAGUAUUAGUGACUGGUUCAUUUAACUGGACUUCAUAGGCUGUCAAUUAAAAUCAGGAAAAUUUAAUAGUCAUUGAAAAUGCUUAGCUGAUCGAUGCUUAUUAAUAGGAAUAUGAUAUGCUUUGGGAGCAAUUUUCUGUUAAUAGAUUAACAAAGGAAGCUUGUGUUUAGAGAUUAGAAGAAGAAGAGAAAACAAAAGUACUGAGAGUAGAGAAAAUGAAUGAGGCAAGAAAAUAAAAACAGGCUGAAAAAAACAACAACAAAUGA